GUACUACAUUAUUGGAUUGUAAACGGAAAAUAACCUCAACCAACAAUCAACAUCAAAAAUUUUAACGAAAAUGUUUAUUUCUUAGUCAUAUUUCGCCUUAAAGUAUUGAAAUUAAUAAUUUUUCAUAAAAAUGUUGUCUAUAAAAAAGAUUUCCUCUUUUACCGCAUCAAAAAUACAAUCAAAGUUACAUUUUGAUUUGCAUCGCUCGGUAGUAGAAAAGCAAGUAAACAAACAUUGUAAUUUUAAAUUACUCGAUAUAUGCAGAUCGUUGACAGUGUUACAUAAUUUGACGAAAAAGUCCAAAAACGCUCAUUUACGCCAUUUUAACAAUGAAUAUAAAGCUGCAUAUUCAUUGUUGAAGAGAUCUAACCUACAAGAUUUGAGUAAUAUAUUCAUUCAAAAUGUGCCUAUUCGAGGUUUACACACAACAUCACCUCAUAACGAUCAACAAAAAGAUGAAAAGGAUAAUAAAGAAAAGAAGGAUAAGAAAAAAGAGGAUGUCGAUGACAACAUGUCUUCCCUUCUACUCAAAGCUGCUUUCUGGAUGUUAACAACUAGUAUACUAGUAAUAGCCAGUUCUAUAUUAGUGCCAGGAGAUAACACACAAAACGAGCUCAUUAGGUAUGUAUCAUGGAAUGAGUUUGUGUAUUCAAUGUUAUCAAAAGGGGAGGUUGAAGAAUUGAUUGUCAGACCUGAUAUGGAAGUUGUCACUAUCAUACUUCAUGAAGGUGCUAUCAUCAAAGGCAAGAGGUCAAACCAUAGAGUAUAUCAUAUGAAUGUUGGAGAUAUUCAUAGAUUUGAAGAGAAACUUCGUGAUGUGGAGCAAUCACUAGGUGUUAAAGAAGGUGUCCAUGUGAUAUAUGACAGAAAUGGCAGUGUGGCAGGCAAAGUAAUAACUACACUUCUCAUUGGUGCUCUAAUAUUAUCAUUUUUGUACUCCACCAAGUCAAUGAAGAUGAACAUAAACCUAGGUGGUUUCAGUCAACUAAGUCGAGCCAAAUUUACUUUAGUCGAUUCAAUGAGCGGUCAAGGCAAGGGUGUGAGGUUCGAGGAUGUGGCCGGUCUGCGGGAAGCCAAGAUUGAGGUCAUGGAGUUUGUUGACUAUCUGAAGCGACCAGAUCAUUACAAGAGCUUGGGAGCAAAGGUGCCGAAAGGGGCAUUGUUGUUAGGCCCCCCUGGUUGCGGUAAAACAUUGUUGGCUAAGGCGGUUGCUACUGAAGCCAAUGUACCAUUUCUGUCUAUGAACGGCUCCGAAUUCAUAGAAAUGAUUGGUGGUCUCGGAGCUGCGAGAGUCAGGGAUCUGUUCAAGGAGGCAAAGUCUCGCGCGCCCUGCAUCAUAUAUAUAGAUGAGAUGGACGCGGUAGGGCGUGCCCGCUCCUCAGGCCCAACCUCCUGGGGCCCCGGGGGUGGGGAGGGGGAGCAGACCCUCAAUCAGCUGCUUGUUGAAAUGGACGGCAUGAAGAGUAGAGAGGGAGUCGUUGUAUUAGCUUCCACUAACAGAGCUGAUGUAUUAGACAAGGCCCUAUUAAGACCUGGCCGAUUCGAUCGUCACAUUCUAAUCGACUUACCGACACUGCAAGAGAGAGAAGAAAUAUUCCAGCGACAUCUGAAAAAUAUUGUGCUUGAAGAUUUACCACCUCAUUACGUCAAAAGGUUGGCAUACUUGACGCCCGGCUUCAGCGGCGCGGACAUAGCUAACGUAUGCAACGAGGCGGCGUUACACGCGGCACGAUACAAACAGACAAUAGUGCGCGCGCGCGAUCUAGAGUAUGCCAUCGAGAGGGUAGUCGGUGGUACAGAGAAACGUAGCCACGCGAUGUCACCAGGGGAAAAGAAAAUAGUGGCGUAUCAUGAGUCAGGUCAUGCUCUAGUAGGUUGGCUGUUGGAACAUACUGAUGCCCUACUAAAAGUCACCAUAGUGCCGAGAACUAAUAUGGCGUUAGGAUUCGCACAAUACACUACAUCAGAUCAGAAACUAUACUCCAAAGAAGAGUUAUUUGAUCGAAUAUGUAUGGCUUUGGGCGGUCGCGCUGCUGAAGCUAUUGUCUUCAACUCUAUCACAAGCGGAGCCCAAAAUGACCUGGAGAAAGUUACUAAAAUAGCUUACGCGCAGGUUCGCAUAUAUGGGAUGUCCAGUAAAGUCGGUCUACUAUCGUUCCCUGAUUUGAAGGAACAUGGCAAGAGUCCAUUCAGCAAAACUCUCAAGAACCUCAUAGACUUAGAAGCUAGGAAAAUCAUUGCGGACGCAUACUAUAGGACUGAAGACAUACUUAGAACUAACCGGGAGAAACUGAACUCGCUCGCCGAGGAAUUACUAAAGAAAGAGACUCUCAACUAUCAACAAGUGGAAGCUAUACUAGGUCCGCCACCGUAUCCGCGGAAGAAACUAAUAGACCCUGUAGAGUUUGAGAACAGUUUGAAAAACUUAGAAAAAGCCGCCACAGAAGAGGAAUCGGCACAGAUCGGUGCUCCAUCGGCGAAGCCUCAGACGCAACAAACCUUGCGGUAUCUGUCAUGCCAAGGGUGGUGUACCGGCCGUUUCGACCACCAUUAGUCACAUAAAGAAGUUUUGACCUACACAACUAUGAACCUUUUGAGCCCAUCAAGUCCUAAGCAAUGAAAUACGCUUUAUUUCAAUAACAAAAUCAUUCUCGUAAGGUCAGAUAUAUAGAUAUGUGUAUUUUUUCGACAGUCAGUUUUAUUGCUAUGUCAAUAAGAUAUAGACUUGCGUGAAGUAGAGUGCAAUAAAAUAAAAUAAACGAAAAACAUUCUUGUACAUAUUUUGGCUUAAUACUUAUAUAAAUUAACCCAUUGCAACGCGGUCGAAAGCGAUUAAAGAAGAUUGUGUAUUGUUUUACUCUAUGUUGCCUGCUAUAUUUUUUUUUUAAGUUGUAAGUAGUAUGCAAAUAAAUCAUAUUUAUAU